CGCUUUAUCGCUGCAAGUGACACAAUGGGGAGGGUUCUAGCCCUCCUGCGCUCGCCGAGAGCUGGGGGGCUAUAAAAACCGGAGGCGCCGGGCAGCUGGGAGACAGUGACGGACCAAGGCCGAGAGGGAAGCCGGAGAGGACAGAGAAGAGGCAGCAAGCACCAGAUCGCUCCUUGACCAGUGUCGGCAUGGGCUCCUUCCCCACCAUCGCUGUGAGCCUCCUCCUCUUCCUUGAAUUUCAACUUCCAGGCCAAGCCCAAGCCAACCCCGUGUACAACGUCGUGUCUAACGCAGACCUGGUGGAUUUCAAGAAUUUGCUGGACCGCCUGGAGGAGAAGAUGCCUUUGGAAGACGAGGUGGUGUUGCCCCAAGUUGCAAGCGAGCCGAAUGACGAAGCGGGGGCCGUUCUGAGCGCCCUCCCUGAGGCGCCUUCUUGGACUGGGGAGGCCAGCCCAGCACAGAGGGAUGGGGGUGCCCUCGGCCGAGGGCCCUGGGACUCCUCCGAUCGAUCUGCCCUCCUGAAAAGCAAGCUGAGGGCGCUGCUCGCUGCCCCUCGGAGCCUGCGUAGGUCCAGCUGCUUCGGGGGCAGGAUGGACAGGAUUGGAGCCCAGAGCAGCCUGGGCUGCAACAGCUUCCGGUAUCGAAGAUAACAGCCAGGGAGGACAAGGUUGGCCAGGCCCCAGGGCAGACCGAAAGAGACCCUCCUCCCCUGGUGUCUCUCCUGCAGUGAGGUCUCCUGCCAUUGUCAUCGAGUUGUGAUGAGCACCGGAUUGGAGCUGCCACUUCCCGUCAGCAUUUCUCACGUUUUGUGCUACAUGUAGACAAAGUGGUUUCCUUGUGGUUUUCCCGCCUCGCCCACCCCAUGCGUUACUGUAGACCCUCACCUGUUACCGACCGCAGCUGGAAAAUGAAUAAAUUUCAGCACCACGGACAGAAACCAAA